AGCGCCCAGAGGCCGAGCGGUGGCGCGGCCCGUGUGCCACCCGUUCCCACACACACUCCCCGCCCCCUUGCGCCCCCUCUCCGGGCGGCAUGUGGGGAGCGAGCUCGGGGUGGGAGGCCGAUGCGGAAAUGCUUCAAAGAACAAUAAAAGAUUUUUUUCCAAAGAUGGAAGGUUCAGUUGAAGAGAUGGAUACCUCUGAUACUCAGUGGGGCUGGUUUUAUUUGGCUGAGUGUGGUAAAUGGCAUAUGUUUCAGACUGAUUCAAACAGUCAUUGCUCUGUUAGCAGUGAAGAUAUUGAAAGGAGCUUCCGAACAAACCCACAUGGUUCUGUUUCUUUUACUACUGCAAAAUUUAACUACACGCUAGACUUUUCAGCGAUGAAACAAACCAACCUAACUACCCUUAAGCAACGUCCAAUAAAGCGAGCUCCCUUUUCUAUCAGUACUUUCAGUUUCAUCUGUGAAAAUGAGGCUAUCCCUAUGCCUUCACACUGGGAGAAUGUAAAUACUGAUGAGCCAUAUCAGCUUAUUCCAUUGCAAAAGAAAACAAAUGAAUAUAAUGAAGUUUCUAGUCUCUUUGGAAAAACAAUGGAUAGCCACCGAAUUAAAAGAAUUAAGAGAAUACAAAAUCUAGACUUGUGGGAGUUUUUUUGCAGGAAAAAAGCUCAACUGAAGAAGAAAAGAGGUGUCCCAACUAUUAAUGAGCAGAUGUUAUUUCAUGGCACCAGUAAUGAAUUUGUUGAAGCAAUAUGUAUUCAUAACUUUGACUGGAGAAUAAAUGGGAUACAUGCUGCUGUAUAUGGAAAAGGGACCUAUUUUGCGAGAGAUGCAUCAUAUUCCAGUCAUUUCUGCAAAGAGGACAUGAAGCAUGGAGAUACUUUUCAAAUUCAUGGUGUGAAUCUGCAGCCUCGUCUGCAUAGACCAGAUAAAGUCAUGUUUCUUGCUCGUGUAUUAACUGGUGACUAUAUCAAUGGUGAUUCAAAAUACAUGAGGCCUCCUUCAAAAGAUGGAAGUUUUGUGAACUUGUAUGACAGCUGUGUGGAUAACACCUGGAACCCAAAGAUCUUCGUCAUCUUUGAUGCCAACCAAAUCUACCCUGAGUAUUUAAUAGAAUUUUCUUAAGUUUGAAAAGAGCUGAACUGAGUAUUGUUUGUGUCUUUUUGAUGUUCUUUUUGUAAAGACAAUGAUAUAAAAACAGGAAGUGUGAGAGAGGUGAAAGAAAAGCUAACAUAUGUUUAUGGAAAACGGGAAGCUAUUAAACAUUUAAGAGAGAUUGUUGAACUGUUUUUUAAAAUCUGUAAACUUUACUAAUGCAUUUUUCAAAUGUAGAUACCAUUACAAAUUUGAAAUUGCUUAGUGAGCCUUAAAGACGCUGGACAUUGGUAAGUUUUCAAAGGCAAGAUUUAUGUUCUGGUUUUUUUAAUAUAUUACAAGUAUUUAUUCAUGUGGUAGAAAUAUGCCUGUAAUACAGUAUGCAUAUGAUGAAACUAAUCUUUUGUAAAGAUUGUCUGUAGAACAUAAAAAUAACAAAACCACCAACAAAAACGGGGGACUUUGGUACAUAUUAUGUGUGUAUGUCUAUGUUCUAUAGUACACAUGGCUUUGUGUUUGGAGGUCUCUUAGUUUGGAUUCUAAACCUACCCAAAAAAAAAAUAGUAUCUGGAGUAAACUGAUGGAGCUAUAACAUUCACUGAAGCUGUUCUAUUUAACUUUAAGUAUUUUUUUCUGUAAGCUUCAGUUAUAUACUUGCAAAGCUUUAAUCAUACACUUGCAAGAUUACAAAACCCUUGCACUAGCAUUUGAACUUUGGUUUUGAUAGAAAUUAUGCCCAUAAGUUCUUGUGGUUGUUAAUUGUUUGGUGCAUAACUGUUGAGCUUAGUGUUGGGAUAUCAGCAGUGCCAUACACCUGAGUUGUUAUUCUUAUGGAAUUUUUGCCCUGUUGUUAUAGUUUAUGUGUGCUUGCAGUUACAUUCACACUGCUGUGAUUCAUGCCUGGUCAGGGUUUAAGAAUCAUUCAGUGCUCAUGUACUUGCUGUUACUGAAGACAAUGUCUAGAUUAACUUUACUGGAGUAAUACAGUUAAACCAACACUGAGUGUUUAAUAAGAUGCCAUCCUUUAAUUUUUAAACAUGUUAAUAGAAAGCUUUCAGUGGCGCUUGUGUAGAUCAGGUUUUCAUAAGUGAUACAGUUGUAAAGCUGAAGAGUAUUUUUCACGUGUAGAAAGACCAAGAGAGUAUUUAGGAAAAGAACAAGCUUGAGUACCUAAGCGUAUAAAGAGCCUGAAGAAGGGGCUGUUACAGAGAAAUGCACUGAAAUGUUAAACAAUUUGCUACAAAGUUGUUCCUCUAGUGUUUUACUUUGUUCAAGUCUUUUGAGGCUUCACUUCUUUGGCUAUGACAAGUACUAAAUAGAAAUAGUACGUAAUUGUGGCAGAUAUAGAAUUAUCUGUAUUGGUCUGUUAUGCAAUUGUUAAUGGACUCUCUGGAUCUAAGGCUACGUUUAAAAUCCAUUCUAUUUAAAACGCACUGCAGCUGGCAUGACCAAGUCUACUCAAAAUUAUAUUAAACCUAUGGAACUGGAAGCAAAACAUGACUACAUAUCUGGCAUCAUAACUGAGGAUGCAAACAUCUCUUCCUUUUCCUUAGUGCUGUUAUCUUUGCCUUUCAGUGGAUCUUGCACAAAUUGGGUGUCUGUAUUUAUAAUUUCAUGGCAGCUUUUCCUUUAGCUUCUGUUCCUAAGCCAUUUAGGGCUAAGAUGCAUUUUCCUUAAUUUUAGUGCAGUGGGAAGUAUGAUCUCUGAUCCUAGUUGGGAACUUGAGGUUCUACUGUUGUGGGCAUAAUUAUGCAGGGAAUUGGUAUAUUAUUGACUCCUUUUUAUUCUUAUACUGUUUUCUACAGAACAUACAUUUUAGGAAACUAACGUAUGUGCUGCUGUUCCUUUGAUUUGGUCAUUUAUUACUUCUGAGGUCUGAACUGACCUUUUUAGUUAAGCAAACUGAAGUUUCUUUUUCAGUGUCUUAUGGACAAAAAAUUCUGUUAUCUAUACUGAUCUUAGUAGCUUUUCCCAUUGUCUUGUUUAUUACUUAACUCACUUAAAUGGCAGAAUCUUAAUCUUACCAAAUCACUCUGUGAUUGUAGUUUCAGCUCUUCUUUUAAUGUACUGUUCUGCUUUCUGGUGUCCAUUUUUGUUCAAUCUUGAUAAUGAAGGUAUCUGUAAAGCAGCUGUCCUUCUGCUGGCAAGUGAAGUCCAGAACUCUACAAGUAGCCAAUACAAGAAAUAGUUGGAUUUAAUAAAAGGAACAGUGAGAGAAGGGAGGAAAAUAAUUUCUUGUACUUUAGAGCAUCAAAGAAAUGAAAAGGGAUUUGGUCUAAUUCUGGCGAAAGAAAACUGCAGUUUUCUGUUACUAUUUAAUGUAAUGAAACUUUAUGCUCCCUUUUCUUUUUACGUCUGUGCGAGAGAGCAUGUCGUUCUCUUACAUGCCUCGAUCUGAGGUAAAAGUUUCUUAGAUUAUUCCUGUACAGAAAGUUUUCAUAGGGCACAGUGCUUCAGUAUGAGCUGAUCUUAUUUCUGUAUCAUACUGGCUUCCUGUGACAGCUUUGAUUUUCAGAAUGGACGUGUACUCAAUUUCUCCUGAAAUCUCACCGUUUCAUCUAAAGCAGUUUGGGAGAGUGUCUGUCUUCAUUCCAGUUGAUUUAGAGGUGCAGUUUAUACAAACUUCUUGGUUUAAAGUUAAAAUCUACAGAAAUAAAAGGAUACAGCUUUA